CAAUCCUUUCGUAUACUGUCAGUCUGUCAUACUGUUUUUUGCUCCACGGUCACUCGAAUAGCGGUGACUGGGUUACUGAUUUCCUUUCAAAUAUGCGAGGGCAGGGACCCUUAAAACGCGAGGAAGAAAGGAAACCCUUACCCGGGAAUGGGGAUAGACGGAUUAACCUAACUUUGAAGAGCUAUGAAUCCUUAGGUUGCUACCAACUAGACUAAUAGAUACAUACGAUGGUUCCGGAGAUCUUGGUCCCUACUCGAUGAAAUGCCAAGAUUCAAGAAAAGAUGUGAAUGAUGCCCAUUCCAUAUAUUAGGAUUUAGGACCGCCUCAAGAAGAAAAAAAGGAAAUUAGGGUUUUAGGAUUGGGAAGAUUAGGACUACUGCAACGUCCUUCCUUUGAUUUUUCAAAAGCAAUAAAACUUUCCCUGUAAGAUUAGGACUACUGCAAGUCUGCAACGUUCCUUUUUUUUUCAAAAGCAAUAAAAACUGUAAUGUUAGAACGGCGGGUUAAAGGAGUCCUCUUUUCUCUCUCCAGACUAGGGUUCACCCUUUCCUCUUUCCUCCCAAAUUGCUUCUCCACCAGCAGAGUAGAGUGACACAAACCUGAAAUUUUAAAUGCGUGAUCGAGCAUGAUGAAUCUCUUUGACUUUCAGUUCUUUCAAAGAAUUAUCUACUUUUUGCAUAAAUUUUCUGAAAUUGUUCAAAUCAAGGCUAUAGCUAUGCUCCCUGAGGAAGUCUAUAACUGGAAUUUGCUCCAAAAACCGGAGAACAGUGUAGAACAAACACAAGGAUAUGCUCCCUGAGGGUCGUCGUCUGGCCGGUAAGAGCCAGAGCCGUCGACGUCGCUCUGCUGCUCAAGAAGAGAAAGGGUUCUCUGAUUCUCUCGAUUUAAGAAGUUGAUGAAAUAGAUGACUGAGAUUUAAAUAAUUUCAGGAAAACAAUUUCAGCCCCCUAUCCCAUUGAUUUGGUUGGUCCUCCAAGCAAUCUUCAUAUUAGUCUCUCCAAAUGCCCACGAGACUCCAAACCACGGUUAAGAUUUGCUCUAAUGGAGCACAGCAGAAAACAACGGCAUUUGUUGCCAAUGCCACUGUUCCAUCUGCCUUUGAAAACGAAAAAUCCGGAUGACUGAAUCUGAAAUCUUGAACACCCUUUCCUGAGUCUCAUUCUUCUUCUCUUCUCUCUAUCAAAAGCAACCCAUUUCAAAUUCCUCAUCCCCUGUCAAUUACGGCCUUAUUCACCCAGGAAAUUUUCGAUUUUGUCCCUUAUUGGGCAGUAGAGAACGAAUUCUUUGUUCUUUGAAAAUGGGUUUUGUUUAUUUGAAUUAAUACUGUGAAGGAUCCGGUAAGCUUUUUUUUCCUGUCUAAUUAGGUUCUUCAUCAAAUGUGUAUCCUUAAUUGUGACCAAAGAUUACGAGUCUAUGGUGUUGGUGGAGAAGAUUUUUCAGAUUAAAGAGACAUUUCGUUAAACUCAUAAUGGGAAGGCUUCUCAAUGGCGUUUUACUGCCAAUACUGCUGUUAACAGCUGCAUUGCUCAAGUGGAGCUUGAUAUCUUUGGCUGAUUUGUUAGCCUUUCUUUUCAUUCAGUAUAGUGCUCCGAAAAUUGGUUUUCAAUUUUGGAGGGGAUCUCUGGUUUCAUGGCAUAUUCUUAUCUUUUCCUUGUUGGCUGUUCUUUCGCAUGCCAUAUUUCAUAUUCUGUGUGCUAUUGAGGGGGCCCAAUGGAGCUUUGCUGAUGCCCACUGGGUGAAGCUAAUUGGUUUCUUGAGAGUUACAUCUUGGAAGUCUUCGUCUGAGGUUUAUUUCUUGGUUGUACAAGUAGUAGCUGCUUUUGUCUCAUGGGCUGGAAUCUACAAGAACAGAUUUGAGCUGAAUUCACAAACAGAUUCGUUUACAGGGCAUCUAUAUUCUUCUCUUGUACUUAUAGGUUCUCGUCUUAGGGUUCUGUGCUGCUUAUUAUUGCCCCCUGUACAGCUCGUUGUGGGUAUCAGUCACCCAUCUUGGGCUUCAUUUCCUUUUUUCAUUUGUAGCGGAAUUGGGCUUGUUGAUUGGUCUUUGACGAGCAACUUUCUCGGCCUUUUUCGGUGGUGGAGGUAUCUUUUACCAUAUGCAGGUGUACACAUAGCCCUACUGUAUGUAUAUCAACUCCCUGUUGAAUUUUCUGGGCUUUCCCUCUGGGUGGCUGAAUUCGCUGGGCUUUAUAAAGUUUCUGUUCAGUCAGAGUGGUCAGAAAUAUGUUCUGGUCUUUCACUGCUAUUCUUCUAUAUCAUGUUAUCUUGGAUUAGAUGUGAUCUUACAGAAAUGGAGUUUAUCAUGUCCACAAGAGAGAGCAAUUUGACUCAGCAACUUCUUCCCUUAAAGCAUUCAUUUUUUAUUCGUGAAUUAAGAUCUGGUGUAAGGCAUUCCAAUGUUUUGUUGAGGAGAUCCAUCUUGCGAACUUUUAGUAUCAACUUUUUUACUUAUGGUUUUCCGAUUUCCUUGCUCGCCCUUUCCUUUUGGAGUUUUCAUUUUGCAAGUCUAUGCGCUUUUGGACUGCUGGCAUAUGUUGGCUACAUUUUAUACUCCUUCCCUUCUUUCUUUCACUUGCACCGGUUAAACGGCUUGCUUCUUGUUUUCAUUCUCUUGUGGGCUGCUAGCACCUAUGUCUUCAAUGUGGAAUUUGGUGUCAUAAAUAACACACUGCAGAAGGAUAUGAAAGUCUGGGAAACUGUUGGUUUAUGGCAUUACCCAAUUCCAGGAUUUUAUCUACUUGCACAGUAUUGUCUCGGUGUCCUUGUUGCUUUGGGCAAUCUUGUGAACAACUCUAUUUUCCUCUACUUAUCUGAUGGAGAUGGAGAAUCACCAAAUGAUGAUGGAACUGUCGAAGGGAGUGAAGAUACCAAAGUAACGAUUGUGGCCACAAUUGCAUGGGGACUGUGCAAAAGCUCUCGUGCUCUAGUGCUGCUGCUGAUAUUUUUUAAUGCUCUGAAACCUGGGUUUAUUCAUGCUGUAUACAUGGUUUUCUUUAUGAUGUAUCUGUUAAGCCAUACCGUUAGCAGGAGAAUACGACAUUCCUUGAUUCUUCUAUGUGAGGUGCAUUUUGCGAUAUUGUAUAUUCUUCGGCUAGAUCUAAUCUCCAAAGCACUGGAGCAGGGAGGCUCCUUUUUCUUGGAAGUUUUAUCUCAGUUGGGUUUUCUUAAUCAUGCUAGUAGUGGCGAUUUCUUGAGGAUAGCUGUGCUUGCAUGCUUCUGUGCCAUUCAUAAUAAUGGCUUUGAAAUGGUGUCCUCAUUUUCAGCAAUCGUGCAGCAUUUUCCAUGCCCUCCAAUUGGAUUUAGCAUCUUCAGAGCUGGUUUGAUUAAAUCGGUCGUAUUAUCACUUUAUAUCUCUAAAAGUAGCAAAAGGCAGCUGAGCAACUCUUCUCCUGAACAAAGGGUAGCCUUAUAUUUGAGCACGGUGGGGAAUAAGUUUCGUUUAGUUUAUCGAGCGUGUGGAACCUCAAUUGCUUUCGUGACAAUUCUUCUCACAGUGUACCUAGUAAGCCCUAAUUACACCUCAUUUGGUUACCUAUUCUUCCUUUUAUUAUGGAUUAUUGGAAGACAACUCAUGGAAAAGUCAAUGAAGUGCUUCUGGUUUCCUCUAAAAAUAUAUGCACUUGCUGUAUUUAUUUUGAUUUAUAGCAUGAGUGUCUUCUCAAGUUUGCGGGUAUGGCUGUCCAGUGGUGUUGAUCUUUCUUCUGUCUUUGGCUAUAACUUUGAAGCUUCUAUAUUUGAAAAUGUUUGGGAACCCUUAGCUGUACUAAUUGUAAUUCAACUCUAUAGCUAUGAAAGGAGACAGAGCAAAUAUCUAAGGCCAAAUGAUAAUGACGAACAAGAGGCGGGUGUUUUUAUUUCCGCAAAACAUCUUUUGUAUCAGCAUAGUGAGAAGAUUCUGAACAUUUCCUUGUUCUAUGCAUCUCUAUCCUCCAUCAGUGCUUUUGGUUUCAUUUAUAUUAUAGGCUUGGUGAUAUGUUCUGGUGUAUCAAGAUCUUCAAGAGUUCCUGCAAAAGUACUUCUGGUUUAUUCAGGAUUUCUUGUGAUGGUUGAAUAUCUUUUCCAGCUGUGUGGUGAUCGGGAUGGUAUGUUCCCUGGUCAGGAGAAUUCUAGUUUGUUCCUUUUUCUGGGCUUACGACUCUAUAAUCCUGGUUUCUUUGGUUUAGAAUCAGGCAUGAGAGGAAAAGUUUUGGUCGUUGUUGCAUGUUUACUUCAAUAUAAUGCAUUCCAUUGGUUGGGAAAGAUGCCCUGUGAUGUUCGAAGUGGAGGAAAGUCAGCAAGACCUUAUGCUUUGUUUGGCACUGGAGAGAAACCCUCUGAUGAUUGUACAGAUUACGAAAAAGAAAGUGAAUCAACGGUUUCCAGGCCACUGAUAGAAAAACUAAAAACAGCAACACAUUCUUGGCCAUCUUUUAAUGCUUGUACAUCUGGAAGUUUAGAUCCUAUGUUUUCUGGGAGAAGAGACUCUGAAGGCAGUAACAACUGUAAAUGUUCAAAUGGAUAUGCCAGAGAAAGUUUCAAAGAGAACCAUAAGUGGACCCGAAAGCGGAUUAUUCUCUUGAGAAAAGAAAGGCUUCUCUUGCAGAAGAGUACUUUAAAGUUACUUAUCAAGUUUUGGAAAGAGAAUAUGUUCAACGUUUUUGGCCUUGAAAUCAAUAUGAUAGCUUUACUUCUAGCCAGCUUCUCUGUGCUCAAUGCCAUCUCUUUACUCUAUGUUACAUCACUGGCAGCAUGUAUUAUUUUGCCAAGGCAUGUCAUAUCAAAACUUUGGGUCAUAUUUAUCUUUGUGUUUGGUUCCGUUGUCACCCUUGAGUACUUGGGCCUCUGGUUAAAUCUGACGCUCUGGAAGCUGCAUAUUCCAACUGGUGCACGGUGUAAUGACUGUUGGAGAAUCUCUAAUCUUCACUUCGAGUACUGCAAAAAAUGCUGGUUAGGACUUGCAGUUGAUGAUCCUCGGAUGCUUAUCAGCCACUACGUAGUUUUCAUGCUUGCUUGUUUCAAAUUCCAUGCUGACCAAUACAAUCUCACUGGGUCACAGUUGUAUCAACAUCUGAUGUCUCAGUUUACGAAUGCAUCUGGAUUGAGUGAUCUGUCCUUUGAAAUGCAAGGGUUGUGGACAUCUCUCGACUAUUUUAGGCUCUACAGUUAUUGUCACUUGCUAGAUCUCGUUCUUUCUUUGGUUUUAAUUACGGGAACUCUUGAAUAUGAUGUUCUUCACCUGGGCUAUCUUGGGUUUGCUCUAAUUUUCUUCCGCAUGCGGCGUGAAAUUUUAAAGAAAAAGAAUAUAAUCUUCAAGUUCUUGCGGAUGUACAACUUCGCUUUAAUCGUCUUUUCCCUUGCCUAUCAAUCCCCUUUUGUGGGGGAACCUUGUGUGGGAAACUGUGAGAUGGGAGAUUAUGUUAGUGAAGUGAUUGGAUUUCAUAAAUAUGAUUAUGGGUUCCGGAUCACUUCAAGAUCUGCACUAGUCGAGAUUGUCAUAUUUAUGCUUGUAUCACUACAAUCUUACAUGUUUGCAUCCCGGGAAUUUGAUUAUGUUUCCAAAUAUCUUGAAGCAGAGCAAAUUGGUGCCAUAUUGCAUGAGCAGGAGAAGAAGGCUGCCUGGAAGACUGCACAGUUGCAACGUGUUCGUUGCUUUGAAGAGCAGAAGCGUCUCCGUAACUUACAAGUCGAGAAGAUCAAAUCGGAGAUGCUUAAUCUUCAAAUUCAACUUACCAAGAUGAAUGCUGCUGGAACUUGUGCUAGCACUUCUCCUCAAAGUGAAGGCACUGAGAAUGGAAACAAUUCUCCCUUGAACACAUGCACAGUCAAUAGCAUUCUAGACAAAGAGGAAGUUUUUUUCAAGCCAGAUCCAGUAUAUGAUUCUUUAGUUUCAUUUGAUUUUUAUGGGUCUCCAAGAGGUGAAAGAAGUGGAAGUCUACCAGCUGCAAACUUCAGAAAUCAUUCAAUGGAUUCUUUCACUGAGAUCACUGAAUUAAAUAUGAAAGGUGUCAAUGAAGUGACUUGGCAUUCAAAUAGUGGCGAUCAGGCAAAAAUCAAAGCUAAGGUAAACCCAUUAGUUUCAGCAGUACAUCUGAUAGGUGAUGGAGUUUCUCAAGUACAAUCUUUCGGUAAUAGGGCUGUUUCGAAUCUUGUGAGUUUCUUGAACAUAGAAAAUGAAGAAACAGAUUCCUUCGUGAGUUUCUCAACUGAUCAUUCAUCUGACGAUGGGAUGAAUGAUGCCAUAGGGAGUCAGGAAACAGAUUGCGAAUGUAUGGCCCACAUGCUUUCUGUGCAAUCUGUUGGUGAGCAUGCCGUGCCCAGUGCUGCAUGUCUGCAGAUUCGUAUGAUCUUCUGUUAUAUAUGGGCCCAAAUUCGAUCAAACAAUGAUUUUGUGUGUUACUGUUCCUUCAUCCUGAUAUUCUUGUGGAACUUCACUUUGCUUUCCAUGGUUUACCCUGCAGCUCUCUUUUUAUAUGCUCUCUGUGUGAAUACUGGUCCAAGUAACUUGUUCUGGGUCGUCAUGCUAAUCUACACAGAGAUUUGUAUUUUAUUUCAGUAUUUGUGUCAAAUCAUUAUCCAACACUGUGGAUUGACCUUUGAUGUGAGUUUGCUUCAGGAAUUAGGAUUUCCUGCACGUAGGAUCAUGUCGUCGUUUGUAAUAAGGAACUUACCACUUUUUCUAGUGUAUAUAUUUACACUCCUGCAAACCACCAUAACUGCAAGAGAUGGUGAAUGGGCAAUGGCUAAAUGUGUUGGCAUUCACAAGAGAAGAAAUCAAUGUCAGGAAGAGGCUGUAACUAGUAAUGGGUUCAUGACAAGAAUAGUGACCUUGCUAUUAUCAACUUCUCGAAAUGUGAUCAGGCGGCUCUUUAGAAGCCUCUGCAGGUAUUGGAAAUCUUUGACAAAAGGAGCAGAAACUCCCCCUUACUUUUUGCAGCUGUCUAUGGAAGUAAAUUUGUGGCCUGAGGAUGGUAUUCAGCCAGAGAGAAUUGAAUCAGGAAUAAACAAAUCACUUGAUGUUGUUCAUGAUAGAAGAUGGCAUGCAAAGAGUCGAAAUCAUUUGCACUUAGCGAGUAGGGUUCGUAUUCAAAGCAUUGAAAGGAGUCCCGAAAAUGAUAGUAUAGGUCUUGCUGUUUUUGAGGUAUUAUAUGCAUCUCCUCCAUUAGAAUGUACUCAUGAAGAAUGGUACAAAUCACUAACUCCAGCAUCUGAUGUAGCCAAUGAGAUUCUAGAAGCUCAUCAUACUGGUAUCUUUAAGGAAAUAGGAUUCCCAUACCUGAUACUUUCUGUAAUUGGGGGAGGCAAAAGGGAAGUAGAUCUGUAUGCGUACGUAUUUUGUGCUGAUUUGGCUGUUUUCUUCUUGGUGGCCAUUUUCUACCAAUCAGUCAUAAAAAACAAUAGUGAGUUCCUUGAAGUCUAUCAGCUUGAAGACCAAUUCCCGAAGGAGUUUGUUUUUAUCUUAAUGAUGAUCUUUUUCUUGAUAGUAAUUGAUCGCAUCAUAUACCUCUGUGCAUUUGCAACUGGAAAAGUUAUCUUCUAUCUUUUCAAUCUUCUCCUUUUCACAUAUUCUAUCAUGAGGUAUGCUUGGUAUGUGGAUCCAUCUCAUAAACACGCUGGAAGAUUAGCACUCCGUGCUAUAUAUUUCACGAAGGCAAUAUCUCUGGCUCUACAGGCUGUACAAAUCCGAUUUGGGGUUCCUCGUGAAAGCACUUUGUAUAUGCAAUUUUUGACAAGUAGUGUGUCACAAGUCAAUUAUUUAGGUUUUCGACUUUACCGAGCCCUACCAUUCCUUCAUGAACUGCGAUGUGUACUCGACUGGUCGUGUACAACUACAUCGUUGACCAUGUAUGAUUGGUUAAAGUUGGAAGAUAUUCAUGCAAGCUUGUUUCUUGUCAAAUGUGAUGUGGAUCUGAAUAGGGCUAGACACCAACAAGGACACAAGCAGACCAAAAUGACUAAAUUCUGCAAUGGGAUAUGCUUGUUCUUCGUACUGAUGUGUGUUAUAUGGGCUCCUAUGCUGAUGUACAGCAGUGGUAAUCCGACGAACAUUGCGAAUCCUAUUAAGGAUGCCAGUGUCCGAAUUGAUAUAAAAACUGUCAGUGGAAGGCUUACAUUAUUUCAGACAACUUUGUGCAAGAAGAUCUCAUGGGAAGAAGCUGGUGAUUCAAAUCUAAACCUGGAUCCUCAGGGUUAUUUAACAGCAUACAGUGGGAAAGACAUUCAAUUAAUUUGUUGCCAAGCUGAUGCUAGCACUAUGUGGCUUGUUCCCCCUAUUGUCCAGGCCAGAUACAUGAAAUCUCUAACGGGAAGCAUGGGCAUUACUUUUUCUUGGCAAUUUACCAGGGAUAGACCCAAAGGAAAGGAAGUGGUGAAAUAUGAAUUAGUUGUUCAAGAUCAGGAUCUUCCGAAAGCUUCACAAGUGAUAAAAGUUCUAAAUGGUAGCACCAAUAGUUUCACAAUAUAUAAUGUCUAUCCAAGAUAUUUCCGGGUCACUGGUUCUGGUGAUGUGCGGUCUCUUGAACAUGUGGUAGAACUAGUUGGUGGGGAUCUUGUUCUCAAUCGUGGCAAUCCAGAGUGGUGGUCUUUCCAUGAUAUAAAUGCAUCAUAUGUAACUGGAUGUGGCAACAUAGCAGGACCCAUGGCCAUAAUUGUCUCUGAAGAAACUCCGCAGGGCAUUCUUGGUGAGACAUUAAGCAAGUUCAGCAUUUGGGGCCUUUACAUUACAUUUGUGCUAGCAGUUGGCAGGUUCAUUAGACUGCAAUGUUCUGACCUGAGAAUGAGAAUACAAUUUGAGAACCUUCCUUCUUGCGACAGGUUGCUAGCAAUAUGCGAGGAUAUUUAUGCUGCAAGAGCGGAGGGUGAGCUUAAGGUGGAAGAGGUACUGUAUUGGACCCUCGUGAAAAUUUAUCGAUCUCCUCAUAUGCUGCUCGAGUACACUAAGCUGGACUAGGACACCAAAGUUGUGAUAUCUUCCAGUCACCAGCAGCAUCACUAGCCAGUAGCCACCCCAUGUGAACUAACUGCAACUGCUAUGUUGAUUGACUCCUGAUCAGAGAAGAACACAAGAAAACUCGAAACAAGUCAUGUCGACAGACAGUAGACUUUGGAGAUUGAUUUGCCAUUUCAAUUCUCUAUUAUCAGCACAAAAGAGUUCUGCUGCUGCUGCCCAUAUUAGGACCUUCCAAACUUGGAGCAGUUCCACUUCCUGAGCUUUUGCAUAGCCAUGGACAUGCUUGGAGGACUCUUGCAAUGAUUUAAAAAUUCAAUUUUGCAGUCCAAUAAGAUCAUCGACAUUGUUGCUGUCAACCUUUUGUAGUAAUGGCCGAUUGUUAGUCCCAGUUGAGAAAUCUUGAAGUCCAAUUAAGUUGUUGAAUACAUUCAGUAGUAGUGUACAAACCUGGAAGUAAAUAAAUUGUUCAUCCAUUUUUAUAAA